UGUUAUCCGUCACCGUCAUCCUCUCAUUGCAAAAUGUUUUCAAUUUGCUGUGAUGCGACUACAUCCCGAUAGUGCCACAGAAAUAAAUUUCGCCUAAUCAUUAUCAAUGCGCGCUUGUUUGUCUAGCUGCGCCCGUCCGGCUAGUGAACCCAGCGCGCCGCCAAUACGCAAAACAUGAGCAAUCCGUUUUCAGCGCUCGUCGACGAGCCAAUUGCCUCACCAGAACAGUCGUCGAAACAAUUGCCACAAACAAUGUCGCGUGAGACCAAGCAUUUGGAGCAGACUUUCGGCUUUACGCUGAACGAAAUGCGUGCAGGUGAGCAGGGCCUUGUAUAUCUAGAGGACCAAGCUGUUGCCUACAACACCGACGAUUUAACGGUCGCUAUUCUGGAACAUGCAAUUGGUGAUAGAUUGUAUCUAGUCACAAUGGAAACUGUUGCUUGUAUGAGCACAAUUAGCAGUAAUGGCAAAGACAGUGCUGUUAAUGAUACUGCUGGAGAGUGUAGAGUGGUGUGGUACUUGUUUAAAUGCUUUCAAACCAACUGGGAGUCAAACUAUGAAGAAAUUAAACAAGAUGUUCAAGCAAUUAUACUCAGGAACAUGUGUACAGCACUCAAAGCACCUGAUUUAUAUGAUGGACAGAAUGUAUUUGUGCAGUUUAUAGAUAUUCUCAUGCAGGAACACAAUGGAGAAGUGUUUUUCAAGGAAAUUUACAAGGCUUUCAAAGAGGAAGAAGGAGGAUCUGAUGCAAUUAGGCUUCCAUACUUAAAUCUCCUCAAAGCACUGCAUCUGAACAUAGCCAAGAUGACAAUAAUGACUCUCAACAUCAAAAUCUUUGACAUUCUGAAACUCAUCAUUUCCUACGAAGAUUUAUCGUUGUUAUUAAUGGAAUAUUCAACGGCACGCAACACCAUAGGUUUCGAAUACUCCAAUACACUCCUCGGAGCGUUAUUCACCAUCUCAAUACUGCCGAAAACCAACCUGGGCGCGUACGAAUUCUUUCAGAACCCAUUGGACCCAGCGUCGAACAUUGCCACCGAAAACACACUCUUCAGCAAUUCGGAAUCGGUGACAAAUCACAUCCAUAGCGUGUUUUUAACGCUGCUAAAAUCCGGAACAAAAGUGCGAUCACUAGUUUUAGCAUGGAUUGGCAAAUGCUUGAAAGCAAAUGUUAAUAGAGGCAAGUUAUGGAGUAUGCACAAUACCGAUGGAAUAUCAAAUGCUGAUUAUGUGAGUGAUGGCUUUAUGCUCAACAUGGGCGCGGUGUUGAUGAAGUUUUGCAUGCCGUUCUGCGAACCAGCGCAUCAGGCGAAACUGCUGAAAGUAGAUCCGACUUAUUGUGCAGUUACAGAGGCAGAGUGUGAAGCUAAAGGUGUGCAUUUGACGAAUUUACAACAGGAGACUUGUUUAGUUCCAUGUGAAGAUACAUCGGAAGUAAGGGUAACAUCGUCCACUUAUAAUUUUAUCACGGAGUGUUUUUUCAUGGCCCAUAAAGCAAUUGAUUUGGGAUUUAAAGUAAUUGGAGACAAAUUAGUACGUCUAAAUCAGGAAAUGGGAAGAAUUGAACGAACCUACAACGAAACAAUGGCCCAAAACCCAAACAGUCCACUCGUCGAGCAAAUAAAAAACCGCAUGGCAAGCGAAAUGGGCCGCUACCUGUCAAUGAAAGCAGCGUUAUCCGAACCAGUGAUGAUCGAAAUGAUGUUCCACUUGAUAUCGGGUACUGCCUAUUGGUUUACGCAAGUGAUCGUCAAUGAUUUCCCAGCGGACACCAAGGACUACAUACCUUUAGUACAAAAAACCCUAGAAUUUCCACUAAAUGAAUCCGUUCCUAACACAUUAAAAUGCAUUCCAGAAUUCCUAGUCGAAAACAUUGUCACAUAUUUGGUAUUUUUACGCCGUUUUAAUCCGAAGUUGUUUGAGAUGCAGGGCUACACCGAAAUGCAGCCACUGCUCACGUCUAUCCUGAUUUAUAUGGGCUCUCCACAACGCAUGAAGAAUCCACAUUUGCGUGCACGACUUGCAGAAGGUCUCGAAGCUCUUUUACCACAUCAUAAAGACGAACCAGAAGCGUUAAACACUCUUGGUGGGUACCAACGCGAAAUGCUCUUUAAUCAACACGAACAUAGAAUGGAAAUAGUUCGGAAUUUACUUGAAGUUUUCGUUGGUAUCGAGAUGACAGGGCAAAGUGUUGAAUUCGAACAGAAAUUUAACUACAGGAGACCGAUGUACAUCGUUAUGGAUUAUUUAUGGGAGUUACAAGAACACCGAGAGAUUUUUACGACGUUGGCGGAAGAAGCAGAAGCUAAUAUCGAAGCAGUAACACCACCGUUAUUUUUACGUUUUAUCAAUUUACUAAUGAACGACGCUGUUUUCUUGCUUGAUGAAAGUUUGGCGAACAUGUCGAAACUUAAAGAAAUGGAACAAGUGCGUGAGAGUGGCGCAUGGGAUCGACUUCCAAUUGCGGAACGCUCGCAGAAUAUCAACUACAUUGCUCACAUUGGUAUGAUUGCACGUUUUGAUAACAUUUUGGGUAAAGAAACGAUUAAGACGAUCGAACGGUUGACGUCUCGUAUAAAAAUCGUUUUCACUCACUAUACGAUGGUGGAUCGUGUGGCGGCCAUGUUAAAUUAUUUCCUGUUGAAUUUGGUGGGACCUAAUCAAAGGAAAUUCAAGGUGAAAGAUUCGAAAGAGUACAGUUUUGAUCCAGCCGGAACAGUUCUGGACAUCUGUAAGAUUUAUGUAAAUCUUAAAGAGAACAACGAUUUCUGUCUGGCUGUGUCACAAGAUGGCCGCUCAUAUAAACCGUCAUUGUUUGGGCUGGCUCAAGAUGUUUUAAUUCGCAUCGGUGGCGGAUCACUUAUUGGUGAACUGCAGGAAUUGGCAUCGAAGGUUUCCCGACUUGCUGAGGAACAUCAGGUGACUGAGGAUGCGAUCGCUGACGCGCCGGAUCACUUUUUAGAUCCGAUUAUGUCGACGCUCAUGAGGGAUCCGGUGGUUUUGCCGAGUUCCAAGCAAACUGUUGAUCGAUCGACUAUUGCCAGGCAUUUGUUGAGUGACCAAACGGAUCCAUUUAAUCGAUCUCCAUUGACGAUGGAUCAAGUAAUACCUAAUCAUGAGCUUCACAGUGAAAUCCAUGCCUGGCUCGACCAGAAGAAGCCGUCGAAGUCGUAGUUAUCACUUUAGUGAAACUUUUAUGCAAUGCUAUUCUUUAUUAUAAUUAUUUUGUUGAUUAUAUUUCAGUUUUUUUGUUAGUAGUGAUUUUAUUUUAUUGGUUAUACGAGGAUUGGGAUGUUUUUGUAUGAAAUUUUGUAAGAUUUCAAACGACCAGUUACUGGUCUCACUGAUGUUUGUGUAAAACAAAGUAGACGUCGCGUGAAUUUUGUGGAAUAUCAAAAAUAAAAAUGAAUUUGAAGAUGAAAAUAA